AUGAGUCUAAUCCAAAUGAAUGAGAAGGAUGAUUGUACGCUCGGUAAGCUACGAAACCUAUACAAAACGUUGAAAAUUGAUUGUUACUUAGUACCUUUAACAGAUCCACACGACAGCGAAUAUGUUCUUGAAUCUGAUCAAAGAGUAAAAUUCAUCAGUGGCUUCUCAGGCAGUUCAGCUUUCAUUAUCAUAGGUACCGACAAAGUUUCCUUUUUUACCGAUGGCCGCUACACAAUUCAAGCUAAACAAGAGUUGCCGAGCGACUGGGAACUUGCAAAUCAAGGUUUAAUCGAUUUUAUGUCAAAAUGCAACAUUAAAAUCAAUUUCUCUGAAGACAUCGUACAAAACAUAAAAUCGGUUAAGACAGACAAAGAAAUCGAGCUUAGUUUAUUGUACCACGCCAGAGAUUCUUUAGCGAUCUCAACUACAUUGUGUUACGUCACCAAAUGGUAUGAAAGCGUUUCAGCAAAUCAAAUAGAAUCAGAUACUAACUUUUCAUUUGAACUGUUAGAUGAAGAAGAUGUUUGUAAAUUAUUGGCUGAUCAAAGAUUGAACAAAUUAGGCGCUGAUGGUUUAUCUUUUGAAACUAUUUCAGGUUUUAAUGAAAAUUCAGCAAUAGUCCAUUAUCGUAUAAAUGAAAAAACUACAAAAAAAUUUGCCAAUGACGGGGUGCUUUUAGUCGAUUCUGGCGCUCACUAUAGCGGCGUUGUAACAACAGAUUGCACUAGAACCAUUUAUUUGGGUACACCUCCAGAUGAAGUAAUACGACACUACACUUAUACUCUUGCCGCCCAUAUCAAUCUAGCAAAUAUUGUUUUUCCAAACAACAAAUUGAGCGGUUCGCAGCUCGAUACUGUUUGCCGAGCCGAAUUGUGGAAACGAGGAUUGGACUUCAACCACAGCACUGGACACGGAGUUGGCUCAGGUACCGUCGUGCAUGAAAGCCCGCCUGGGAUUUGUUAUCUUAGUCAAUACAAAGCAAAACCAACAUAUUUUGUAAAUCACAUGGUUGUUAGUAACGAACCUGGUCUAUAUUUUCCCGAAAAAUACGGUAUAAGAUUGGAAAACGUACAGUACUCUAUAUUGCAAAAAAAUCAAAUUGAGAACGAAGAUCAAGUACAUUAUCUCUGUUUUAAGCAACUCACAAUGGUUCCUUACUGUCGAAAACUCAUAGACCCGAGUCUUUUAACUAAGGAACAACUUGAUUGGUUAAAUUCUUAUCAUAAAGAAGUAUAUGAGAAAUUAGCAAAGCUUUGCGUUCAUUUACCCGACUAUUCACUUUCAUAUUCGAAUAAAUGUGAUUUACAACUUUCUAUUGGGAAUUUUUUGGGUUGGCUUAGGUCUGAAACAAAACCAUUUGUGUGUUGA